AUGUAUGUACUAUUAAUUGCUUUGUUCGUAACAGGUAUUCAAGCUCAAAAUAGAUGCUCAUGUUCAUGUUGUCUUGGUCAAUAUUGUCAGCCUACUAUAGUAGGUACGGUUACUGUGCAAAAUUGUUCAACAGAAACAUGCUUAACACAAUGUCGUUGUUCUUAUCCACAAUGUGCAGCAAAUUAUCCAUACGGUCAGUUAUUUGCACAAUGUUCAUCGCCUGUUUAUACUUUGUUCAAUUGUGAAUGUAGUUGUUGUAAUACAGGCCUUUUUACAUGUAUACCAACAUUUGUCGGUUUUACUACUGCAUAUGUAUGUCAAGUAAGUUUAUGUAGUGUAAAAUGUCGUGAGGAAUAUCCAACACAAUGUGUAUCAAAUGAAAAUGGACAAACACAAGGUAGAUGUACGGGUCCGCUGACAACAACAACAACAAGUACAGCAAUUACUCCUUGGUUAGGUACUUUAUGUUCAUGUUCAUAUUGUCAAUCAGGUUAUACUUGUUUAUCAAAUCUAUUGCUGGGUGUAACUUCAGCAUCAGAAUGUUCUUCAUCAGCUUGUAUACAAGCAUGUCAAAAUCAAUAUUUAUCAACUUGUCCAACAGCUACUUAUUUAAAUCAAAUUAAUGGUGUAUGUUUAACUGAAAUCAAAGGAAGGACAAGAUGUAAAUGUAAUUGUUGUGGUGGAUCUGGUUGUAUAGAAUAUGAACUUAAUACAAAUGAAACUUGUACAUCAUGUUAUGCAAAAUGUCUACAAGUAUCACCUUGUACGAGUACACUUCCGGUGACAUAUACUUGUACUUUAAAUAAAUCCAUGAUAUUGACGAAUUAUUCUCUUUCAAUUAUUAUUCUAACAUUAAUAAUUGUUGUGAUUUUUUAA